CUUUUGUGAUAAAUAAAGUUUUGGGGAAUUAAUUAUCAAAUUUAAAAUUACAAGUUACCAUCACCCAGCAACAAAAAACAUCUUCAUUGAUGGCUUUGGCUCAUUUACCUUCUACAGAACAACUCCACCACGGAAAUACUUAUUCAAUCCAAUUGAGAUUUAGGCUGAUACAAGACCUAGGAACGUUUAUAAUAAUUAACCAAGUACAAUAUGCUACUUUAAAUAUGUUUUUUUUAAUUUCAGUUACUGACUAUAACUUGGAAGAUCAAUUGGCAGAUAUAAUGAGGUAUUAUGAGCGGUACUGGAUGGAUACUGUGACUCCACGGAGAUUCACAGUAUUCAGGCUACAGUAUAGAACAAACAACUAUAUAGAGUCAUACCACGCAUCGCUGUUACGGCUAAUGGGCCAACACCCAACAUUGUAUAUCUAUAAUCAUUUGAGAACAGUUGAAGAAAGAGGACGAAAUGAUUUCAGUCGAACAGGCAACGAGCAGACGGUAAGGCAAGCUGAUUACAGGGUAUACCCGCGUAACAAUAUAAUUAUACGAAAUGCGUGGAUUAAUGUAGAAAACGGCAACUACAAUCUUAGUGAUAUCAUAAGGAAUGUGGCGUACACGGCAGAGCAAGUAAUCAGAAACGAAAUUGGGGAGCCCAAUUUUCCACAUCCUAUAGUACCCGGUAUUAAUAUACUUGCGCCACCCGCAUCAUUGCCACGGCCAGCUUUUAGGCCUUUGAUAUUGGAACCAGUGCGCCCACCGCCACAUCAACCACUUUUGCCUCCUCAACCAAUUGUUCAACCACCUGCGGUAUUGCCAAUGCGUCCACUGUUGCCCGUUCAACCAAUCCACAUAUUUCGACCAUUGUCACCAGGUUUAGAGGAGCCAAUCCGUCCACCAUCACCAGAGAUACCCAUAGAGGAGAUAGUUAUUGAAGCUCCUCAGAGGAGGGGACCAGGUCGUAUCCGUGGUCGAGGUAGAAAGAGGCAUGAAGAACUUGACCGACCUUAUCCUAUAGAAAACCGUGGACGUGGAAGAAGAGCACGAGUGGGACGCGUAAAUGCUGACAUUAGAAGAGGUCCAGGUCCAAACUUUGGUCGACCUUGGGCAGAAGUCUACUUGGAUAAUGAGAAUGAACCAGAGCUAGAAAUUUUACUGCCGAUAAAUAACCACCUGCCACUUCCUGUCGUCAAUGCAGAUAUCUUGGAAUUAUGCUGCAUAUGUUUCGAUAGGGUGGUGGUGGUAACGUUGGUGCCUUUUGGACAUCAGUUCUGCGACAUUUGUGUUAGAAGAAUGAUACAGGAACAAUAUGAAGUAUGCCCUCUUUGUCGAGGCUAAAUAAAUAUGUAUCAUGGCUAUAAUUUAGGUUAAGACUUUUUGGUGUAUAGGUACAUAUGGUGUCAUAUAUUUAUGUUUAUUAUAGCUACUAUAUUUACUAAUUACUGUUAAG